UUUCAUUGAAGUGGACAAGUUUCCUUAGUGCGCAUGCGUACAUGCUGUGCACUGGACCGAUUUUGUGCACUCCUUGUCACCCGACUACAUUAUUCGAAAUUGUUCCAAACAGGUUAGGCAUCUGCCGUGCUUCCUCAGUCAUGAACAACAAGUCAAGCUUGAACAGCCCCUGCUCCCUGGAGCAGUAUCUCCUCCUAGCGAAGACAGCCAAGGGCGCAGCCAUGGUGGCUCUUAUCAAGCAGUGUGUGGAGGCGCCGGGGGUCCAUGUCUUUGGAGAGCUUCUAGAAAUGCCAAACGUUACUGAGCUUGCUGAUGGACCUAAUGUAAAUUAUGUAGAACUCUUGAACCUUUUUGCCUUUGGAACUUAUAGUGAUUAUUUAGCUAAUGUUGACAAAUUCCCGGAAUUAACAACGCCCAUGGGUUGCAAGUUAAGGCAUCUCACUAUCGUGUCGUUAGCUGCCAAAUGUAAGAGAAUACCCUACGCUGUGCUCCUCCAAGAGCUUGAUUUGAAGAACCUCAGAGAGUUAGAAGACCUUAUCAUUGAGACCAUAUACUCAGAGAUCAUCCAGGGCAAACUGGACCAGAAGAAUCAACUCUUAGAAGUCGAAUACACCAUCGGGCGAGACAUCAGGCAAGAUGCCAUCACUGAUAUCGUUGGCGUUCUACAGGAAUGGUGUGAUGGUUGCGAAACAAUGCUGAACAACGUUGAGGAGCAGAUCCAUCGAGCGAACAAACAUAAAGAAAACUGCUUUAAGGUCAAAUCACAGAUAGAAACAGAGGUGGUUAACAUCAAGAAAGCCAUCAAAGCGUCGUCAGUGGCGCAGGAAGGCGACGAAGCGGACAUGGGCGUCGACACAAGAGAGAUGGAGGCGCAGUCCAUGAAACCCUCCAAGAAACCGUCCAAGAUGAAAGGUUUGAGAGGUAGUGGAAAAUUCUGGACGAAGUCAAACUGAGGAGCGAGCCCAACGUUUGGGAGUGUGCCAUCGUCGCCCCCGGCAACAUGAUCGCAUCCUCCCGAAAGACACUGAACAGAAAGGCUUUGAUUUCAGGGACUGUAUUUUCAGCCUCAUCAUGCUGGAGUCUGGAGAAGAUGUAUAUAUAUAUUAUGAUAUCCAUUUUGUGAACAUCGGAGUUGGGGUGGGCGUGGCUGAGAUGGUCGUAUGGAGGACAGUUGGUCACCAUGGAAACUCCUCAGCUAGUUUUGGAACCCGUCCAUGCUUCUAGACCACGUUGGGGGAAAACAUACUUUUUAUUUUGAUUGUACAACACAUGAUCCAGGGGCAAUUACUCCGUGGUUAAGCUCAUUUGCUACUUGAAUUCCUGGAUGCACUUUUUCUUAGACCAAGCUCUUACCCUAAACCUAAGCUAACCUUUUUUGCUUCAAUCCAAUGUAUGUCUGUAAGACUAGGAUUAUUCAUUAAUUUUGAAUACAUGUGCAUGCAACUGCAUCGCGUUAUCAAAUUCAACUGCAUCCUUCCGUGUAGCAAGGAGAAGGUGUGGUUCAGAAAGAAAAUUCAAUCCACUUAAAAAAAAAAA